CGCUAAAAGGAAUAUAUAAACCAAAAAGAACACACACGAAAAAACUCAAAAAAAUCGUGAGAGCCCACACUCAAAAACUACACCAUACCAACAACGACCGCUCCUUUUCCCGGAGCCGGUAAUUUUUAGCUUAUAAAACUCCGAUAACAGUUCCAGAAUUAAUUCACAGUUAUUAGCGACGAUAAUUUAGACCCUUAAUUUGCUCUUCGAAGUCUUGAGUUUGAUGAUAAAUUUCUAUCAGGAGAACCGCUUUCCUUAAUCCUCGCAUUAUUUCGUUUGCAGGUUUCAUCAGUUUUAAAGAUCAGCUUUUUGCAUCGUUUAUUGGGAGAAUCGAUGGGUAGUUCUUUUAAUCCUCAGAUUUUAAUGGAAAAGCUUGCCAAGCUCAACCAUUCACAGGCAAGCAUAGAAACUUUAUCGCACUGGUGCAUUUUCCAUAUGAAUAAAGCAAAGCAAGUUGUUGAAACAUGGGCUAGACAGUUUCAUUGUUCCCCACGUGAGCAGAGAUUGGCUUUUCUGUAUCUUGCAAAUGACAUUUUGCAGAACAGCCGUAGAAAGGGUUCAGAGUUUGUUGGUGAAUUUUGGAAAGUUCUUCCAGAAGCCCUACGCGACGUAACUGACAAUUGUGAUGAAGUUGGAAGAAAUGCCGCACUAAGACUGAUUGGCAUAUGGGAAGAAAGAAAAGUUUUUGGUUCCCGUGGGCAAUUACUCAAGGAAGAGCUUGUGGGGAAGCACUCAGAACAUAAUAAUAGAAAUGAAAAACCUUUAGGCCCCAAGCUGAAGCAGCCUUCUGGAAGUAUAUUAGACAAAAUAAUAUCAGGAUAUCAAGUUGUUCAUGGUGGCCAUGUAGAUGAAGGUGUUAUAAUAAGCAAAUGUAGGAGUGCUAUUAGCCGUCUUGAGAAAGCUGAAAAGGAAAUUGGUGGCAAUUCUGAUUUAGCACAAUUCCAUGGAACUCCAUUUGUGGAAGAGCUGCAAGGGCAGCGUGCUAUAUUGAGAGACAGCAUUGAGCAAUUGACAGCAAUUGAAUCAUCAAGGGGAAAUCUUGUUUCUCAUCUGAGAGAGGCUCUCCACGAGCAGGAAUCUAAGCUUGAACAAGUUCGCAAUCAGCUUCAGGCAGCACAAUCCCAGUCAGAACACGCUGAUAAAAUCUUCCAGCAGUUGCUACGUUCUAAUAAUGUGCAGUUAGCUGCUCCUGAAAGUUCGAAGGAGGCCAGUACUUCCGCUGCACCUCAAAGCUUUGUAACUGUAAGUAGGGAACAGUCUGCACCAGCAAUGUAUGCCGGUCAGGCGUCUUUCCCUGAAAAAACUGGCCACAUUCAGGAAGAUCCUCGAAAAUCUGCAGCUGCUGCAGUGGCUGCAAAAUUAACUGCAUCGACAUCCUCUGCCCAAAUGCUUUCGUAUGUACUCUCUUCUCUUGCAUCGGAAGGUGUCAUUGGAAAUCCGGUUAAAGAAAAAUCGAGUGAAUACCCCUCCGAGAAGCGGGCUAAGCAUGAGAAUCAUGACCAGCCUUAUAUUCCGACCCAGAAUCCUGUGCAGCAACCACUCCUGCCUUUCCAAGUCACAACCGCUGGUCAGCAAUUAACUUUGAGUGAGCCACCACCUCCUCCAUCUUCACCUCCACCUCCUCCACCGUUGCCACCGCUACCACCUAUGCAGCCAUAUUCAAUAUCCCAGUACAUGCAGACUGCUGGAUCAAUAAAUGCUGUGCCGUACAACUACAGCAUGUCCCAGCAACAACCAACUUCCUUGCCGGGCUAUCCCGGAGUCGGAACUCAAAUGACAGGUAUGGCUUCCUUUACAGCACCUCCAACAAAUUCAUACCAAAAUUACCAAGGCUCAGAUGGUAAUUUGUAUAGCCAACCGUCAUCAAUGCCGAUGGCACCAAUUUCUAGGCAAUAAUGGUAUUUUUGAAGGCUGACGCUGCCGAGGUUUCAGGGAGGAAACAUAAGAUGAUUCGAAACUAAUGUAGUCUUUUUUUAUUAUUUAUCUUUCAUCAAUCAUACAUCAAAAUUAGGUAUGUAAAUGUUUGUAACUUCGAUGCUGGGAGUUGAAGCAAAUUUAUGGAUUGAUCCAUAGAGAAAUAGAUUUUAGUUAAUUAAUUUUAGGGUUAUAAGCUGCAUUUUCUGCGGGUUGUCACUUGUAUUGUUGGAUAAGAUUCAAUUUUGUCGUCUUACAUAAAAAUUAGAAGCAUGGAUACAAAUUUUGCUCCAUUUUCAGUUGAAAUACUGUCCCUGUUUUACUCAAUGAUGGAGUUAGAGGGGAUCAAGGAAUGCUUGUAUAUUGAUUUUUUAUCUUCCAAUUUUCAUAGAAGUUUUAA